AUGCUGCUGCUGGUGAAGGGGAUGGAGUGUUACACUGGUGGCUGCACUGCGCUGUCGCGGGGCACGGAGCAACGUGUUCGGCGGCGGCUCAAGGUCCAAGAUAGGACCGCCGAGACGAUUCGAGCCAUCAAUCGCGCGGCAGGUUUUGACACGCCCGAGGUGGAGUCCGUCGGGGAGCUGACCGGCCCCUCCGCCCUGGUCUACAGCGACGUGCGGGCGCUUCACGCGGCUCAUGCCCCCGGGCCGGUGAAUUCGAUCAGUCCGCAGGAAGCCUUUCAUAAGCUUCUCGGGGGCACGCCCUCAUCGUGCAUGGAUGGCGACGAGGUCUCUCCAGUUCGGCCCUACUCGCGCGAGUUGGUGAGCUGGCCCAAGAGGGGCAACCGCCCGGCCCCGCUGCCGACGAACGCGCCACCGGACCUGCUCCGGUACAUGACAGAGGGCCAGCGAGAUGUGUGGCUGCGGCAGCCGCAGGAGGUGGCGCAGGUCCGGCAGGAUGGCCUUGCUCGGGGGAUCUUCCGCCUGGGCCGCCGUCGGAAGGAAGCCGUCAAGGUCUUUUUCGUGAAGAAGAAGGACUCUAGCAUUCGGAUCGUUAUCGAUUGCCAACGGAGUAACCAACACUUUCGAGCCGCGCCGAAGGUCCACCUCUUCUCGGGCAGCAGCUUCGCGGAGGUCGAGGUCUCGGCGCACCAGCAGAUGUGGUACGCAGGGGGUGACGUUCAGAACGCCUUCUACCAGCACCAGUUGCCGUGCUGGCUGCAGCCCUACUUCGGCCUCGACUGCGCCCGGGCCUCGGAGCUGGGCGUUGCUGAGCUGGACGGCCAGGCCGUGCGGGGCGACCAGAUCCUGUACCCCCUGAUGAACGGGGUUCCGAUGGGGUGGAAGUGGGCCCUCUUCAUGGUGCAGCGGAUCCACGAGCAUGUUCUCGAUGGAGUUCCCGAGCUGGGGCCGCGGCGCCGAGCGGUCGACUUUCGGCCUCCGCCUCGAGUCGAGGACGGGGCGGUGCACACGGUGUAUGUGGAUAACGUGCUGAUCGAGGGGUUCGACCAAGCGGAGGUGACACGACUCCGCGAGGCUGCAUGCGCCGCGCUGCAGCAGGCGGGCUACGCCACUCACGACGAGUCCGACGCUGCGGCGAGCAUGGAGAUGCUGGGCGUCGAGCAGACCGGCUGUCCAGGUCGUGUGCAGGUGUCCGCGAAGCGCUACUGGCGGUUGUGGCAGGCGCUGGAAUGGAUCCGGCGCAGGCAGCCUCCUCUGAGCAGCCGUCAGCUUGAGCGUCUGAUUGGCCACUUUACUUUUGUGGCUCUCAUUCGGCGAGAGCUGCUUAGCACGUUGCGCGCCAGCUACGAUUUUUCCAGGGGUGAUUUUACCAAGCCCCGGAGCCG